AUGUCGUACAAUGUCGUCCCUGCCGGCUUCGACAGUGGUUUCCAUCCUGCACCCACCAAUCAGUGGGUAGUUUUGGUUGGAGGCCUUGGUGUCAUCACUUUGCCAGACAACAGCUCCACUACCUUGACAACGAAGGGUGGAGAGUUUGGCUUGCUGUUUGCCACUGACACCGCGGACCUUACCGAAGAAGGGCAUGGCUCCAUUUUUCCUGGCGCAACGGAAAGCAUUGUCCUUCAGAUCCCGACCAAGGACGACAAGAUUCCAAAGCACCGCGUGUUGUACGAUAACAAGCCAUGCACAGCGGGCGAGGUUGCGGGGCUGCGAGCGUGGGCACUUAGUGCUUGA